AAACAGUCGUUAGGCAAAAUGGAUUUAAGCACAUUGACCGGGUACCGUGUUAAUCAGGUGUACGGCGGUGAUUGCGGAACACCUUACGGACGUGCGAUGUUCCGGAGUAAAGAAUUGAAUAUUUUGUGUGUUCCUUUGCCAUGCCGAUCACAACAAGGCGUUGGAAGAACCGAUAAACUGGAACAAGUAACACUGAAGCAGUAA